ACUUUCUGCGUGCGCUGAUCGGGCCGCGGGGCGAGUGGAGUUUGCGGAGCGGUGCCAGCUCGCUAACAAAACUAAAACCACUCGCGCCCCAACAUCAAAACAACGUCUCGGCCGCGAAAGCGAUAAAGAUUACUGCCGGCAGAGACCUCCUCCUCCGACAAAAAAAGGUGCCUCGGUGCUCCCCCUCCUCCUCCUCCUCGUGUUGUUUUUUUUGUUUAAAGUCGCGAGCGAGUUAAUUAAUUAUUUUCUGCAGCACUCGCUGAAGGGGAACACGAAAAAAAAGCCUCCGCUGAUAUUUAAUGGCCCGGAUGCGCGCGUCCUGAGCUCAGAAGAGCGGCGCGAACGACGCGGAGAGGAGACAUCCCCACGGCCAUGGGGUCGCCUCGCAUCCCGUCGCCUCCCCUCUUCCUCCUGCUGCUGCUGCUCGCCACUCUCCUCUCCACGUCUCACGGAGUGAUCGUCCAUGGGUUGGACACCCGGUGCCAGUGUGCGGACUUCUACCGUAAACCGCUGCGGCUGAAGUCCAUCAGGGGGUUGGUGGACCACCGCUUCACCAGCAGCUGCCACCGCGAUGUCAUCGCAUCUCUGCCCAACGGGAGGAAGGUUUGCCUGGACCCCGACAAGGCCUGGGUGAAGCACAUCCUGCGGCGCUUCAAGAAAGAGUUUGGCCUCAACAGGAGCGGGUGACUCCCGCGGAUCGCGAGCGACAAGACGGGGCAGCGGGGAGCGCAGCUUCAGCAGACACCCGCAGGCACGCACAGACAAGGCACACUCAACUCACCCGGGCAGCAGGGCGCGAUACGGGCAACACGUGGCACACACACACAACACGUGGCACACACACACAACACGUGGCACACAUACACAACGCGUGGCACACACACACAACACGUGACACACACACAACACGUGGCACACAC